UGCAAAUUUCCUUUGACCAAGGACUWGAAAACAAUACAAAUUGCAUGUAAAUGAGAUUUUUUUCAAAACCUUGGACUUAAUAACGCAAUCAAGCAAGCAAGGWCUGACCACGGUCAAUGAACGAGUUGGUUGGUCACCUCAUCGUGUUGUGAAAUCAAUAGACUCCGGGCAACGCAAUCGGAUUCAUCAUUGUUCCGAGAGACAGUCGAUGCUACAAGGUACUCAGUGACUUCUGCAUGCCUCGCUACAAGGUGACAUCAGGUGUUAACGUGGGAGGUAUCUAAACUAAAUUUGAAAACUAAACUUGACAGUGAAUUAUCAGCCUCCUAGGGAAAAGAACACUCAAAGAUGAUAUUAGGACAGUGUUGAUUCAUAGUUAGACCAAAACAAAAUGAUUACCUUGGAUUCAGUGCAAAAACUUUUACUGUUCCUUUCAUCUGUUUCUACAACGACCUUUAUCAUUUCCAUUUUCACUUUGUUAGCUAUCGCGUUAUUCUUCAAACGUAGAAAACAGCAAAAGAGCCUCAAUAUACCAGGCCCCUGCAAUCUUCCUUUCAUUGGAUGCAUGUUUUUGUUUCGGUGGUCCAAGUCUCCUCACAAGACUCUAGCCAAUCUUGCUUGGAUCUAUGGAAACGUGUAUUGCCUGAAUUUAGGAGAAACCAAGGUUGUAGUGGUCAAUUCUUCUGAUGCUGUUAAGGAAGCGCUUUAUCAGAGRGGAAGUGACUUUUCAGGGCGACCUGCACUGUUUUCAUUUGGUCUUUGGGCAACGGGAGAGAAAUCCUUCAUGUUCAAAGACUACAGUCUAGACUUCUCAAACUUAAAAUACAAAGCUGAAAUAUCGAUGCAGGAAAUUUCGAACGACGAAGAAUUCUUAACCACGAGGAGUUCAAAAGCCGUGGGGUCAUUAAACAACAGUUUUGAAUAUUUUGCUCAGCAGAACAGCAUUUUUGACCCAGAAAAGAGCAUCAAACAUGUUAUUGCAGAUUUCGUAAUGGAUACCGUAUUCGGGCCGGAUAUUUCUCGCUGGUUUUAUCACGAGGCUCGCUUGGUUUUGGAUGAAGUUUCUUGUGCUUUUGCGAAGGCAGCACACGUUGGAGCCUGUGUGGAUUUCGUUCCUUGGAUGCGCUACGUAACGAGGAAGACACUGACAAAGACGCGCUCCCAAGUUGGCCAACUGCGUGCGUUUGUGCGCAAAAUAUACCGUCUUCAUCAGCAAUCUYUAUUGCAAGAACGCAACAAAAAGAUCAGUCUUGCUUAUUGUCUGCGUUCUGCCGACAAAGGACAUCGUACAGCACCCACUUCUUUUGAAAGCAACGCAAACUCGGUUAUAGAUGAUGACACAAUUGUGUUUCUCUUGACUGAUGUUAUGUUCUGCGCGUACGAGAAGCUGUCAACAUCUUUUCGCUGGUGUGUCGCGCGUAUAGCAGCCAGUAGGCGCUUACAGCGUGAUAUUCAAGACAAGAUAGACGAAGAUUUCAAUAAUGAAAGUGAAAUUAGGACUAAUAGAAGACUGUCAUUGCUUAGUGCAGCUGUAGAUGAAACACUCAGAACAGCUUGUAUCAUGCCYUUUGGAAUCCCGCGCAAAACUACAAGAGAUACAACUCUAGAGGGAUACUUCAUCCCAAAGGAUACUGUAAUACUUUUUAAUUUGUGGAGUUGCUGUCAUGACUCAAAGCGCUUUUCGAAUCCCCUAAAAUUUGAUCCAUAUCGUUAUAAAAAUGAUACACACAACAACGUAAAACUCUCUUCACAUUGUGCCUUUUCUGGUGGGGAGCGCAAAUGCUUAGGAGAUCAUUUUUCGAGAAGGUUCUUAGUUGCUUUGAUGGCUGGUGUUUUACGGAAGUUUGAACUAGAGUUAGUGACUCCAGGCCCUGACAAGAGCCUAGAAGGCACAUAUGCAUUGACUUUACGACCUAAAAACUAUACCAUUUSCGUUAGGAAAAGAAGACAAAAGAAUGGGAAUAUAGAGAAUAUAUGAGAGAAGAUAAUGUCGGUCAUAGUAUGAUUAUUAGUGAAGGUUGCAUGUUCGUGUAGUCUUGUCUUGAUCCAAAAACUCUUAAUCAAAUAAAUGUUUUAGAAUAAACA